CUAUGGACGUAUUUUCUGAUCAUCCAAAAGUACCACAAAUCCAGUUAAAAGAUCUGGCAGAUCUAUAUGGAGAAGAACUUACCCUAAGAUCGAUAGCAAAGCUUCGUGGGAGUCCAAGGGCUCGAGAAAUCGCGGAGCGGUUUACUCUUGAUGAAAAGGAUGGCAAAAUUAUCGAUGAGCACGAUCAAUUUUAUAGAGAUCAUAAGCUAUUGUUGACGUUAUUUAGGGUUUUAGGUGUAAUGCCAGUGGAGAGAGGUGAAAUUGGAAAAAUUACGUUCAGUUGGACUUCAAAACCUAUGAUCUAUGCCUACGUAUUUUACGUAGUAACCACGGUGCUAGUCGUCUUAGUUGGAAAAGAAAGAAUUGAUAUUCUAUUAAACAGGAGCAAGAAAUUCGACGAGUAUAUUUACGCUAUAAUUUUUAUUGUGUAUCUUAUACCCCAUUUUUUUAUUCCUUUUAUGGGCUGGUCUGUGGCUUUUGAAGUAUGCGACUACAAAAAUGGUUGGGGAAAAUUCCAGUUAAAUUAUUAUAAGAUUACAGGAAGGGAUCUUGAGUUUCCCCAUCUGAGUACUUUGAUUGUCAUCAUUAGCUCUGGUUGUCUUCUUGUGGCCGUAGGUUUCCUGCUUACGCUCAGUGUACUUUUAGAAGGUUUCAGCUUAUAUCACACAACAGCUUACCUACAUAUAAUCACAAUGAUUAAUAUGAACUGCGCCCUUUGGUACAUUAAUUGCAGAGCCGUUGGUAAUGCUAGUACUGCUGUUGCAAGGAGUUUUAAAAUGGAUAUUCAGCAUCUCUGCUCUUCUUAUAUAAUCAAACAUUACAGAAUCUUAUGGCUCGAGUUAAGUGAAAUUCUUCAAAAACUUGGAAACGCUUAUGGUAGAACCUACUCCACUUAUUCUUUAUUUAUGAUGGCUAAUAUCACUAUAUCUACCUACGGUUUUACUUCCGAAGUUGUUGACCAUGGAGUGAAGUUUACGUUUAAAGAAAUUGGACUAUUAGUAGAUGCGAUCUAUUGCCUAAUAUUAUUGUUUAUCUUUUGUGACUGCUCGCACCAAGCAUCUUCAAAUAUUGCUGAUAGGGUGACAUUGGCUCUUAUGGAGAUCAACUUAGCUCAAGUCGAUCAGGAUACCAUAAGAGAGAUUCAACUAUUUUUAAAAGCUAUCCAUAUGAAUCCACCAAAAGUCUCGUUGCGGGGAUACACCGUGGUUAAUAGGGAGUUACUAACAUCUAGCAUAGCCACAAUCGCAAUCUACUUGAUCGUGCUGCUGCAAUUUAAGAUUAGUUUAAUCAACCUAAAGGGAUAGGAAAACCACUUUCUGUAGUAGCUAAUCUCUCAAAGAAAAAAAUAUUAAUCUUUUUAUUAGU